GGUGAUUGGCUAAAUCCUGCUGACCACUGCGUCCUGCUGCCUGGUCGCAGGAGCACAGUCGGCGGAUUGUGGGGACCUGGGACCCUGUGCCACAGGUCGCCCGCACUUCAUCUCCCGACUUGCACAACACUCCAUGAUUGAUCCUGCUGCCCGCUGCUUGCAAACUCUACCCGGUGUUUUUUUUCUCCCCUCCCACCAUGAUCGCCCCCCCUCUGCCCAUGUCGACGGCGAUGUAUUCCCAGUGAAGACGGCCCUGCGAUGGCUCACCAGCGAUACGAGGCGGGACUGGAGCCGGCUCGGCAGGACUACCCGGAGGUAACGCAGGGGUAUGGGUAUGGCAACCAACAUUACCAACAGCCGCCGCAGCCAUACCAGCAAUCACGGCCAUACUACCCGCAGUCCUAUGACAACCUGAUAUCGACGACACCGCCAAAGCAGGAUGCCACAGCAUGGGGCAGCACGCCCGCCGCGUCGCCCUACUGCUCGGCCGCGCAGCCAGCCAUGUCCCAGUUUGAGCCCGAGCCCAAAUCUCCUUCCGCCAGGACGAUAUGCGGCUGCAGCCUGCCCGUCUUCGUGCUGUCCUGCAUCAUCGCCCUCCUAGCAGCUGCCGUCGUCGGGCUAGCCGCGGCGACGGGCGUCCAAGCCCAGCGCGCCAGCAGCGCCGAGUCCGAUCUGUCUGAACUCAGGGCCUCCGUGGCGGGGAACAGCACCGCCUCCCAAGGGUCGAAUGCCCCGGUCGUAAUCGACGACGGGUGUUCCGAGAACCCGGAUAGCGUCGACAAGACGAUAUACACUUCCUUCAGCCUUCUCGGUGCGCGAAAGUUCAGGCGGUACUGCAACAAGGACGCGCCGCGCCCGCCCCUCCUCUCGCUCUUCACGGCCGACUUUGCGACCUGCAUGGACGCCUGCGCGGCCUACACGCAGUACGUGCCGAGCUCGUUCGGCGGCGCAACCGCCAACACGAGCCUCACCGUCUGUGCCGCCGUCAGCUUCAUCCCCGCCUGGACCGACAAGGCGAUCGCCGACGCCGGCGGCGCCCCGGGAAACUGCUACCUCAAGGGCAGGCCCCAGACCGAGGCGCUGCUGACCACGCCCAACAUCGGCGUCGACUGCCACGCUGCCAUCUACGCGGGAGCGGACUCAUCCUCGGGCGGGGACGAGGACGGCGGAGAGUAAGAGUGUAGGUAGCAGUGGCAGCAGCAGCGGUGACAGCAGCAGCAGCAGUAGUAGUAGUGGUAAUACUGGCAGCAACACCAAUCGGCGCGGGGCCGUCGUCGUC